CUGCUCUGCUUUUAUAAUCAACAUCAAAAAUCUGUGGAUUAAGUGACAAAAUGUAUUAUGUUUCUUGCAAUCAUCACAACAAUUAGACAGGUAAGUGCUCUCAGGUUAGGACUACAUGGGUGUAAACAAUCAUAUGACUAGCACUUGAAGUUGAACAUUGCCCUCAGUUAAACAAAUGAAUGAGCCAAAUAUAAUCUCACUGUUGUAAAACUCUGGAUUGGCCACUCCAGUUCAGACCUUAUUGGGUGCCAUCUGUAAUUCCUUGUAUGCACCUGCCAUUAACUUGCACUGAGGAUGCAAACAUAUGCGAUAUGAUAAAAAACAAGCAAACAAACAAAACGAUGUGACAUGCUUCAACAUGAAAAGUAGGAACUUGUCAUGAUUUUAUCUGCAAGAUAUGUUGGGAGAUGUGUGUGCAAAGUGCUAUGUGAUGCACACGAGCAGAAGAGUAAGUAAACACGGGCUAAAUGAUCUCAGGUCUGCGUCCCUGAGCCGCUCCGCACUGAGCCGACAUGACCAGUGAGGCAAAAGGGAAAACGAGGACCGUGCUGGACGGGGUCGGAGUGCUAGAGAGGUGCCAAGCCGGUGGCUAUAAAAGCUCAGGGUGUGUGGGCUCGAGCCGAAGCCCUGCUGCUGCCGCCGCCGUCUGCGUGCCCAGUGUGCCGGAGCUCGUGUGGAAGCAUGCGGACCCUCCUCCUGCUCGCGCUCGGCUUGAGCACACUGCUCAGCGGCCUCGCUCAGAAACCGCACCGCUGCAAGUCCCCACCAUAUCUCGAGGGAAAGUUAACUGCGAUCUUUCCAGAAGGGAAGACGAUGGUAUUUGAGCAGUUCUACUAUGACGCAUUUGAACAGAGGAUCCGUGUUAUUGCGGCUGGACAGGAAAGCAACCACAGCCUGCACGUAGACAUACUUAUGCUCUUCAGAGAGAGGGUCUACUACGAGAUCAAUUACCAAAACCAAAGCUGCGUUAAGAUGCCUCUUAGUGCUGCCUUCAUUCCCAUUGAGAUUCCCUAUGACGCCCAGCACAAUGCCCAGUUCGUCUUGGGAACCCUGUCUGCUCCCGGACAAGGCCUGCUGGUCAAUGACUGGGUGGGAUUCAUCCCCGAGUAUCAGGCCAAGUACUCCAUGAGCGUCACAGAGUUUGGCUGUAUUCCCAUCACCUUCCUCUAUCACAUUGAGAAAAUGGGCCACGUCCUGUCAAGCUUCUAUGACAUUGUCGUCGGAAUAGAAAAUCCUGAAGUCUUCGUUCCCCCGGCGUUCUGUGGCUCUGCGAAACUGGUGGAGCAAACAGACGGCAAGGCGGCAGACUUCUUCACGGCUCUGAAUUCAAAUUAAAACUCUUAUUCAAAUUAAAUGAGGCCAGUGUGGAAAACAA